GCCCUACCAAAACCCUGGCAUUUCAUCGAACACGACGACGGUGGCGCAAAGAAGGGAUCACUGAAUUCCAUGGUGUCGAGAGGAGGAGCUCCGCAAGCUCUUCUCCGCUACGCUCAGCUAAGCCUCACACGUUCCAUCUCCUCUACUCCUCGCCUCGAUGGCAUUGGAUGGAUCGACAAGAUCAAGGGCGUCAUCACCGGCAAGCCCGCCGCUGAUUCCGCCAAUCCCUCAUUCUCUCUUAUCGAGUUUGCGGAUCAGAUGGACAAAGCGAGGAAGUUGGGUAUGUUGAAGAAGUUUCAGGUGGGACGGUGCAGCGAAGCGACCGUCUCCGAUGCGUUCAAGAAGCAGUCCUCGAUCUUACGGUACCUCGGUGGAAUUGAUCCUAGUGGACAGAAUAUCCAACUUAGCCACAAACAAGAUGCCAUGAAGCACUGUGGUUGCACCAUGUCAGAGGUGGAGCAUAUAUUGGCAAAAUAUACAUGGGCAAAAGAAGCACAGCAAAAGAUAGAAAACUUGCAGAAGGAAGGGAAACCAAUUCCUAAGAGUUUUAAUGAGGUACAAAAGCUGAUGGGCUCAACACCAUUAGAUGUUGCAAGAUCUAAUUUGGCAAAAAAUGGUCAAAUAAGUAGAAAUGCACUUUGUCCUUGCAAGUCUGGGAAGAAAUACAAAAGGUGUUGUGGAAUGACUUGAGCUGUAUCAUAUCUUGGUGACAAUCAAUCUCCACCAGGCACCAGCACAUGUUCACUUUGGAUACAAGUGAAGACAAUACAUUCCGCAUCAAUGGUCGAAUUAAAGUUUGCACCUGAAUUAGCAAAUACAGAACUUUGUCAAGAACUGUCCUUUUCAUUACUGGUUUGCUUAAUGAUGUUAAAGUGCUGAUUAACUUAUUAAUAAUGUGACAAUCCCAAACAUUGUGCUACUGAAUGAAGAUCAUGUAAAUAAUUUUUUUUUUUA